AUGGAGCUGAACCAGACGUCCCCACCUCCCACGUGGCCCACGCCGACCACCGAUGGAGACGACCCGUGCAGGUCCAUCCUCUACAUGAUGGAGAACGCUUGCUCCACUGUUGUGUCUCGGGUGUACCUGAGGUCGCUUUUCCUGCUCUCGCUGUUCUCCUACAACAUGGGUCUGUACCUCCUGACUGCCAUCAGCAUCGAGAGGUGCGUGUCCGUCCUCUGCUCCAGCAUCUGCCGCCCCCAGCACUUGUCGGCCGUGGUGUGUCCCCUGCUCUGGGCCCUCUCCAUCUCCGUCAUUGCUGCAGUGACUUCUCUGUGCCUCUUGCACGAGCACGAGCACUGCCAGAUGGCUCUCAUCUCUACGUAUGCCCUCAACUUCCUCAUCUUUGCCCCACCCAUGGUCAUUUCCAGCACAAUCCUCUUCAUGAAGGUCCUGUGUGGCUCCCAGCAGCGCCAACCCAAGAGGCUCUACAUCGUUAUCUUCCUCACUGUCCUCUUCUUCCUCCUCUUCGCUCUUCCCCUCAGCAUCUGGAAUUUCCUGCAGCAGUUCAGCUACACCAUCGUGCCCUCCCAGGUUGUUUUCUUGCUUGCCUGCAUCAACAGCAGCGUCAACCCCUUCAUCUACUUCUUGGUGGGGAGCUGCCGGAGGCACUGCUCCUUCGUGCCCCUCAAGGUCGCCUUCCGGAGGGUCUUCGAGGAGCCAGAAAACAACACGGCAUGCAGCAACGAUACUAUGAUGGACACGCUGGCCGCAGCCUGUUGA